AUGACUAAAGAAGAACAGGAUCCCGAUACGAAGGUGCUCAAAGACGCAGCCAAACCGUUCGUCUAUAAGCCUUUCCCGUGGUGGAGACUUUGGAUCUAUGAUUUCUUCCUUUGGGGUUUCUCUAUUGUGUUUGAUUGUUUCUUUAGAGAGAUAAGACCUCGUGGCGCUUAUAAGUUGCCUAAGAGUGGGGCUGUCAUUUUCGUGGCUGCUCCUCAUGCCAAUCAGUUUGUUGAUCCGCUUCUCUUAAUGCACCAGGUCAAGAAGGAACUGGGAAGAAGGGUCUCGUUCUUGGUAGCUUAUAAAUCUUAUAUUCAAAAGGUAAUUGGACUUUUGUCGAAAUGUGAGAUGUCAAUCCCCGUGGUUAGAAUCCAGGACAACUUGACCAAAGGGUCUGGGAAGAUCUAUUGUGAUUUUGAGGUGGACCCACUAAUUGUUCGUGGAGUGGGGACAAAAUUCACUACAGAAUUGUCUCCAAAGGGGAUGGUGGCCUUACCUCAAUCAUUGGGAGCAAGUGAAGUUGUUGAAGUCAUUUCUGAUACCGAAUUGAAGAUCAGAAAGGAAUUCAAACGGUCUCCCCAAAUCGUUGAGAUGUUAAACAAUGGCUGUGCAUACAAAAGAGCCCAUAAGGUGGAUCAAAAAGAUGUUUAUAAUUUAGUUUUUGAACAUUUGGCCCAUGGAAAUUGUAUUGGGAUCUUCCCAGAAGGUGGGUCUCAUGAUAGAUCAGACUUGUUGCCCAUUAAAGCGGGUGUGGCCAUCAUGGCAUUGGGAGCAAUGAAUCAUGAUCCUAAUUGUAAUGUAAAGAUCAUCCCCUGUGGUAUGAACUAUUUCAAUGCUCAUAAAUUCAGAUCAAGAUGUGUGAUUGAAUUUGGUAACCCCAUUGAAAUUCCUAGAGAAUUGGUUAAAAAAUACGCCAAACCUGAAACUAAUAGAGAAGCCGUUAAAGACUUGUUAGAUACCGUGACUUCGGCUUUAAAGGCCGUGACAGUCACAUGUGAAGAUUAUGAUACUUUGAUGAUGGUUCAAGCUGCAAGAAGAUUAUAUGCUGGACAUUUCGCUCUGUCGUUACCACUACCAUUGAUUAUUGAAAUGAAUAGAAGAUUGGUUAUUGGAUAUCAAAAGUAUAAGGAUGACCCCAGAGUUCAAGGCUUAAGAACUCGAAUCCUUAAAUAUAAUAACCAAUUGCGCCAUUUAUAUUUACCAGAUCAUUCAGUUGAAGAUUGCGACGAAACGAAUAAGUUUCGAGUAUUACCAGUUUUCCUCUUUAGAGUGGUGAAAUUGGUCUUUUUUACUCUUUUGGCUUUACCAGGUGCUAUAUUGUUUUCACCAGUGUUUAUUGCAACUAAAGUUAUUUCUCAAAAGAAAGCCAAACAAGCACUUGCUGCUUCCACUGUUAAGAUCAAAGCUAAUGAUGUUAUAGCCACUUGGAAAGUCUUGGUUAGUAUGGGAUUUGCACCUUUAUUAUACUCCUUUUAUGCAACGAUUAUAACCAUUUAUUGCAACAUUCAUGACAUUUUUUCAACGUAUAGUUUGAUAUGGGUUUGGAUUUUGGUUUAUUCCUUGGGAGUUUUAGUCACUUAUAGUGCGUUAUUAACAGGAGAACAAGGGGUUGAUCUUUUCAAGUCCCUUCGUCCCUUAUAUUUAUCAUUGACCAACGGUUCUUCCAUUAGGGAGUUGAAGAAAAUGAGAAGAGAAUUGGAAACGGAGAUUACAGAUUUGGUUAAUGAUCUUGGUCCUCAAUUAUUCCCUGAUGAUUUCAACUUGUUAGAAUUGGGCGAUAAAUUGAAGAUCUCAGACGAAUUGGGUUAUGUUGAUAGUGAUGCUGAGGAAGAAGCCAAGACUUCGGAGUUAAGACAAAGAAGAUUGAACAGAAGAAAGGAACAAAAGAAAAGAAAGAAGCAACAGUCAGCAACAGGAGACGAAGAAGCAGAAGAAUCUUCAAUGUCACAUUCUGCUUCUGUUUCUGAUGGUAUUUCUUUAAUGAAUUCAGAUAAUUCAUUGACCAACAUUCCAAUGUUUUCAGAUUAUCAAUUGCAUAUGAACGCCAGGAGUAAGAAAUACGUUGAUUUACCUCCUUCGGCAUUACCCUCUGCAUUACCUUCCAGUUUAUCUCUCUCUAACGACUAUCAUGUUUCAAGCAAUUCUCAUUCUCCCAAACUAUCAAGAUCUGAUUCUGCUUCUCAAUUGGAGUUUAAUCCUCUGUCCCAAUUAAGUAACAAGAUUAAGUCCAAGAUAAGAGAGAACAGAGAAUUAUAA